CUCCUCCAGCCUACAUCAGCCCGGCUGACGGGAUGCUCUGCUGAGAGACCUGAAGGACUUCACAGCGACAACAGAAUUAUGCUUAUUUUCUGUUCAGGUUUCUGAGAAUUUUGAAAAAAUGUCUGGAUUUUUCCAAAUGUUGAGAAAGAAAAAGGAGCUGAUCCCUCUGAUUGGGUUCAUGACUUUGGCUGCAAUGGGAGCCACGUCUGCUGCUACCUACUUUCUAUUGACUAAACCUGAUGUUAUUAUAAAUAAGACCAAAAACCCAGAACCAUGGGAGAGAGUCGACCCAUCAAAACCCCAAAAGCUCCUCACCAUCAAUCAGCAGUGGAAACCAGUGGAGGAAUUGCAGCUGGUGAAAAGUCUCACCAAGUAAAAAACAAAGAAAUGCCAGACAGAUCCUUGGUCUGCCUGCCUGCCUGUCUGUCUGCCUGUCUGCCCCCCCAUCAGUCUAACAGAAUCCUUUCUGCACAAACUAGGAUGCUUUGACAGUCAGUGUGCGGAAAUGCUUCUGCUCCACUGGUGGGGUUUCACCCUGCUCAAGGACAUCCAUCCACAACUGUAGAAAGCUAUUAUAUUAGUUAACACACCCUGGGCUGCUGUGAUAACAGCUAGAGGUAUUUUAAAAACUGACGGAGAAGUUAAUAUCACAGCAACGCAGAUGUUCUUACAGGUGAUAUGAGUGUACGAUAUUGUCUAAAUGUGAAGGGCGAAAUGUGAGAAAUGUACUGUACAGUGUCAAUAAAUUAUUGUUGUGAUUAUG